GCGUCGCUCUGUACCUGUGGGAGGAGUGUGUGCACCUGCGGACACAAUCGUAGCGCUGCCUUGCUUGGCGGCAGAUUGCAGCUUGUUCAUCAGCAGGACACACAAGCGGAAGGCUGAGCCAUGGAUACAGAGGCAAAAUCCCCCGCCGAUCAGGGAGUGCGGCUCCUGGACAUCAGCUCCAACUCACCCCCUCCUGAGCCCCAAGGUGCGGAGGAGACAGGCCAGCUGGAGAAGCCGCCGUAUUCAUACGUGGCUCUUAUCGCCAUGGCUAUAAAAGAUAGCCAGCACAAGAGACAAACUCUGAGCGGAAUAUACGACUACAUCAUCUCCAAGUUCCCCUACUACGAGAAGAAUAAAAAAGGAUGGCAGAAUAGUAUAAGACACAAUUUGUCCCUCAACGAAUGUUUCGUCAAGAUGCCCAGAGAUGGCGGUGGGGACAGGAAGGGCAACUACUGGAUGCUGGACCCCGCAUUUGAGGACAUGUUUGAGAAAGGGAACUACCGGCGGCGGAAGAGAGUUAGGAGACCCUACAGACCCCCGAGCGUGCCUUACUUGACCGGAUCCCCCGUGGAAUAUCCCGAGCCCUUCUACCUGCAGUCUUAUGUGAGCAGCUCCUGGGCUCCGUACCAGCCGACCGGGUACCCAGCACACCAGGUCAUCACUGGGCAUACAGGCAGCGUGUCCCCCAGCGGCCAGGUGAGCUCAUACUGUCCUCCCACCCACUUCAACCACCCUCCCUACGGGGCUUACCACCACCACCCACCCGUGCUCGUACCCCACAACGGGUAUACCUACGGCGGAGUGACCCAGCCGAUGAGCCCCGACGGAGGCACCGUGUCUGUGGCAUGCAGCUACCAGCAGUUCACCUCCUAUGCAAGGCAAGCGGAGACGCAGCUCGCCCAUUCAUUUAACUAGUAGGGAUUUGAGUUAUUCUCAGCAUGGACAGCUAGUUCACAGACUCUGAGUUCAUCUGUUUAACCAUUUCACUUCGGCUGUCCUUCUUUUGCCAGGAAAAGUUAAUUGUUUGCUUGUUAGAUAAAGUGUACUGUAAGAUUGUUGACUGUUGAUUCAAUGUUAAAUAAGCUUUUGGUGGACUCUUUUUGAUAGGCUACAGUUUCAAAUGGUAAUGAAUUACUGUCAGUCAGUAGGCUGAUCACUGCAUUUUGCUUUGAAAUGGCACUGAUAAUGACAGUUGAUUUAAGUUUGAGGCUUAGUUUAUGCCUCUUUUGUUGGAGAUUUGUUUCUGAAACCAAAGAAAUAGCCUAUAGCCUAUGCGUUUUUUCCGCCUUAUUAUUGUUUGCUUUUUUAUUGUUCAAAUAUUCCUAGC